AUGGCUACCUCAGGCUCCACCCCUCCUCUUCCUCUCCCCAUUGCUGCCACUGUGCCUGAGGAUUUCCAUUAUGAAACCAAGUACAUUGUGCUCACCUACCUGGGACGGCUGCCUGCUGGUAGGCGGCAUAACGAGCGUACGGCAUCUGAAGGCGACUCAAAGCGCGAGUUCACUGGUAAUGUUAAAGAGCAAGUUGAAGAAGAGCUAAAACGACUUGAAGAUGAAAUUGCGGCGUCAUUUUCCAGCACAGGCUUUGACCGUCACACGUCACUGGUGUUUAAUCCAGUCAACCCCGAGACAUCAAUUGAAGACUGUCUAGCUGAGCUUGGAGACCGCUUGGUCAGAGAACUGGAUGCACAUCUUGAAAGAGCCGUACACGCACUCCUCGCAGGGCCUUUGGAGUACGAGAGAUUCCGUGAUACAACACUGGCCCUGUUAGCACACACACAGGAAGUGUGGAGCAAGGUGCUUGUGCCUUUGGUGCUGCUUCAGGCUUUACAAAGUGAAGCUCACUCUGUGUCAACCCUGCUUCAACUUGGAGUGCGCUUCCUGGAGGAAUCUCAAUGUGAAUACAUCAGCCAGAAAGGGGGAUACGGUGAAAUAUUUGGCCUCUGUUUGGAAGAAGAGCGAGGCGUUGCCGUCGCAGAAGACAGCAACGACAUCUACAUCCUUUCAGGGGAGCAAGCACCAGACCAGUUGAGUCCACCUUCUUCUCUUCUGUGCACGGGCGACAACAGCAGCGGGCACAGCUCCUGGCAGACAGAGAGCUUACCCGUGUCGUUGGCCGGCCACGAGUCGUGGGCGCAGGUGUGCGCGAUGGACCCUGAAGAUAUCAAGAGCUUGGACAGCAAUGAGGGCGUCGCUCUGGUCGAAGAGCGCAGCGAGAACAACUCUUCCAACUCGGACAUUGUCCACGUGGAGCGUGAGGAAGCAGAGAUGCUGGAGGAGGGCGCUGAAGGGGGCGCCAUAGAGGAGAGCAUGAUGAGCGUUUUGGGAACGGAGAGUGAGCUUGCCCAGCUCAGGGAGGAGAUAACAAGCCAGAUUGCUCUUGCUCCCGUGACCGUGGAGGAACAUGCCUCCCUGAUUUCACUGGAGGAUCCUGUUGUGAUAGAAACGCCUUUAAGCUUGUCAACGGAACCUUCCCUCAUCUCUUUAGAACCGGAGCGUCCUCCUCCGGUUCCAGAAGCUACUGCUCUCCCUUCACUUGAACCUCAACCUUCAGCUCCCUUAGCAGUUACUGUAAUGGAACCAGAGCCUGAAUCAGAAAGGGCCAUUGCUCCUGUUCUUGAUGAGGCAGCAACCCUAUCUCCAGCUAAGCAGGCCCAAAUCACAAAGCCUGAGUCUUCUGAACCACAAUCGGAGCUGGCAACCGUUCCUCCCCAGCAAGAACCAGAAGCCCCGAACGAACCUGAGGCACCACCACCACCAGCUGAAAUAUUAGUUCCGGAGACCCAUGCACAAGCAGUCACUGAGGAGCCUUCCGUGCAGCCGGAACCAGAAUCUGAGCUCCAAGCUCUGAUAUAUGGUGGAGCUGCACUGGUGCUCCUCACUGCUGUGAUGGCUUAUGGUGUCAUCAGCUACAGAAGAAAAUAG